CGCGCAGGACCUUGCCCCUAGCUCUCACUCACCCCCACCCUCGCUCUACAUUCUUUUCGCCAAGAUGGGCUGUAGCAGUACGAGCUGCAGCGUGGCCGUGGCCCUCUUGCUGCUGGCGCUCGGAGCCAGUGGCCAGCUGCAGGUGGGGUUCUACUCCAAGUCCUGCCCCAGCGCCGAGUCCACCGUCGCGUCCGUCGUCCGGGCCGCCUCCGCCUCCGACUCCACCAUCCUCCCCGCGCUCCUCCGCCUCCAGUUCCAUGACUGCUUCGUCAGGGGUUGCGACGCGUCGGUGCUGAUCAAGGGCGGUAACAACAGCGCGGAGGUGGACAACGCCAAGCACCAGGGCCUGCGCGGGCUGGACGUGAUCGACAGCGCCAAGGCGCAGCUCGAGACGCAGUGCCCAGGCGUCGUCUCGUGCGCCGACAUCGUCAUUCUCGCCGCGCGCGACGCCGUCGCCUUCACGGGCGGGCCGUCGUUCGACGUGCCGACUGGCCGGCUCGACGGCAAGGUGUCGAACCUGCGCGACGCCGACGUGCUACCCGACGUGCACGACUCCGCCCAGGUCCUCCGCUCCAAGUUCGCCGCCGGCGGCCUCGACGACAAGGACCUCGUCCUCCUCAGCGCCGCGCACACGGUGGGCACGACGGCCUGCUUCUUCAUGCAGGACCGCCUCUACAACUUCCCGCUCGCGGGCGGCGGCCGAGGGUCGGACCCGUCCAUCCCGGUCGACUUCCUCGCCGAGCUAAAGUCCCGGUGCGCGCCGGGGGACUUCAACACGCGGGUGCCGCUGGACCGCGGCAGCGAGCGCGUCUUCGACACCUCCAUCCUCCGCAACAUCCGCAACGGCUUCGGCGUCAUCGCCUCCGACGCCGCCCUCUACGACGACGCCUCCACCGUCGACGUCGUCGACUCCUACUCCGGCCUCCUCGGCACCAUCUUCGGGCCCUACUUCCGCCAGGACUUCGCCGACUCCAUGGUCAAGAUGGGCAGCAUCGGCGUCAUCACCGGCAGCAACGGGGAGGUCCGGAAGCUCUGCUCCAAGUUCAACUGAUCGUCAUGAUCCGCCCAUCAUCGAUCUAGCCGUGGAUACCAUUCAUUGCGCUGCUGGUUGGCGAGCUAGCCCAUGCACACGAUGCAUGCAUCGCGUGCUCUGGUCGCGUCCAGCCUUCAUGGCGAUUUCUUCUUCUAUUUAUUGUGUACAUGUUACUGCUUGAGAAAAGAGAGGGAAAAUUUAGUGUGUUCAUGUGAUGCGCCAAAAGGUCUAGCUAGCACGGCCGAGGGGUUGCAAAUGGUUCUAGGAUAUGUGCAGUUUUCUCUUGAAGUGAAAUCAAAUUCAUAGGGUAUAAGAGAUAUGUUUGAUUUUUUAUGUUUAUAAUAUGUACACUGUAGAACACCAUAUGUGCAAUUAAGUGAAGGUGAUAUCAUUUUGUUCUUGCCCUUUGGUUGGGGCUAUU